AAAAACCCUCCGUCUUCUCCGCCUUUUACAAUCUAUUUUCUCUCUAUUACGCCCCCAUCAUCGUCGUCUCUCCAGAAUUCCCAUCCAUCGGUUUCCGUAAGUCAAGACGCACACCUUGCACUGAUUGCCCGCAGAGUCUACUGUCUCUCUCUAUUACUCGCCAAUCCGCCCCCAGUCCCAUCUCCGCAACAUGGCUGUCGCCCCGGAACUUCUUCGUAAAAGCAGCAGAGAGUCUCCUCAACGAACCCAAUCUCUCCCUCCUCCAGAGUUGCCCAGGCUGGUCGCUGAGCAACACCAUCCCAUUCCGUCCAGCGACAAGGACAGCCAGCGCCUCGUUGUCGUCCUCUGCAACGCCACCCUCGAGACAUACCGGGCUGCCCACUCUGCGAGCCGACAUGGCGGGCCUGUCCAGCCAGACAAGUUUACGCUGCUCAACAGCGACGACCAUAUCGGCGUGAUGAGGAAGAUGGGUCGGGACAUCAGCGAGGCGCGUCCCGACAUUACACAUCAGUGUCUGCUGACUCUGCUCGAUUCGCCCAUCAACAAGGCCGGGAAGCUCCAAAUCUACAUCCACACGAACAAGAACGUGCUGAUCGAGGUGAAUCCCACCGUGCGCAUCCCGCGUACGUUUAAGCGAUUUGCCGGCCUGAUGGUGCAGCUACUCCAUCGGCUCUCCAUUCGCUCGACGAACUCGCAGGAGAAGCUGAUCAGCGUGAUCAAGAAUCCCAUCACCGAUCACCUGCCGCCCAAUUGCCGGAAGGUGACGCUGAGUUUCGACUCGACGGUGGUGCGGUGCCGCGACUACAUCUCUGCGCUAGGGCCAAAGGAGAGUAUCUGCGUCUUCAUCGGCGCCAUGGCCAAGGGCAACGACGACUUUGCCGACGCGUUCAAGGACGACUCGAUUGCCAUCAGCAACUUCAAUCUCAGCGCCAGUGUAGCGUGCAGCAAGUUUUGCCACGCUGCAGAAGACGUCUGGGGCAUUAUAUAAGUCCGUUGGCACGUAGCCCAAUCGCCCCGCCCGUCCUUGCGCGCGCGCGCGCUGCACAAUCACAACCUAAAAUGUCCCGGACCGCUUGGAAUCUGGAUUUUCGUUUGUGUCAUAGUGUCAUCGUGUCAUCGUGUCAUCGUGUCAUCGUGUCA